UGUGGAGAGAAUAGUUGACAGUCCAAGUGUGCUGGCAGGAAUCAAGACGGACCAUCUGACACAAAUCAUUACAUAUCUAAUUACACUGCCACCACAAAGAAAGGCAAUGUUGAUUCUCCCUGUCCUCAACAUUUCUCUUUUUUUCCAAUUUGACUUCUAUUUUAAUCGCUUCAAUUGAUCUUGCACAGUACAUCCACCAAUCAACUUUCUUGAAUUUAGUAGAUAGAAAGGAACAACUAUGAGUGAUCAAAAGGAUCAAGUCAACACAGCUGAUGCCACUACUGACUGCUCUCUCUGCUGAGGAUCGUGCAGAUCUUGUAAAUGUCAUGAAGAACAAGCUUCAUGAUUUGACAAGGGAUCUCUCUGUUUUUCUGGACAAACUUCCCCCAAACAUUAGGAUACGCGUUGAUGUCCUCAGAGAGAUUCAGAGACAAUAUAAUGAAUUAGAGGCGCAGUUCCUUGAGGAGAGGGCAGCUUUGGAAGCAAAGUUCCACAAGUUGUAUGAGCCACUUUUCAACAAGCGAUAUGAGAUUGUGAAUGGCGUGGUUGAAGCUGGAGAUGAAAGUACGGUAAAAGAAGAAACCAAUGAAUCGGCAGGAGAUAAAGGUAUUCCUCAUUUCUGGCUGCUGGCAAUGAAAAAUAAUGAAAUACUUGCGAAAGAGAUUACUGAGCAAGAUGAAGAUGCCCUCCAGUAUCUCAAAGAUGUCAAGUGGAGUAGACUUGAUGAUGCCAAGGGUUUUAAGCUUGAGUUCUUUUUUAAUACAAAUCCCUAUUUCAGCAACAAUGUGCUGACAAAGACGUAUCACAUGAUUAGCGACGAUGAGCAUAUCCUAGAGAAUGCAAUAGGGACAGAGAUCGAAUGGUUUCCGGGGAAAUCCUCGACACAGAAGAUCCUAAAGAAGAAGCCAAAGAGGGGAUCCAACGAUACGAAGCCAAUCAUAAAAACUGAGGAAUGUGAAAGCUUCUUUCAUUUUUUUGAUCCACCUCAACUACCCGAGGACGCAGAGGAACUUGAUGAGGAAACUGCUGAAGUUCUUCAAGGUCAGAUGGAACAAGAUUAUGAAAUUGGGUCCACCAUUCGAGAAAAGAUCAUUCCUCAUGCUGUAUCUUGGUUUACUGGAGAGGCCGUUCCCAUUGAUGAUGAUGAUGAUGAAGAAGAUGAGGAUGAUGACAAGAAAGAGGAAGAUUAUGUGGAGGAGAAUGAUGAUGCAGAGGAUGACGAGAAUAAGGAUGAGAAAAGCAAUGAAGAAAAUGUUAAAGAACGCCAGUAAGAAUGGCAGUGAGAGGACAGUAGAGGUCUCAGACGCUGCUCAGAAUCGUGUUGCGGAAACCCUAUGCUAAAUAUAUUUAUUUAUUUUUUUAUUAUUAUUUAUUUGUGUCUUAUUUGUUUUCUCUAAAAUGAAAGUCUGGCAGGAAGACAAAUUGAUAUUUUCCAACGAGCAGCUUAAUGGUUUAUUAUUCAGCAACUUAGCUGGGUUGUGAGCUUGCAAUUUUGAAUUUAUAAUAUCCCAUACUGUAUUUCUGAUUACUAUUCAUAUAUUUAAUAUUGUUCAUU